AUGGCUGCACUCAGACCACAUCGAGCAUUUGAGGACGGUGGAGAAACAGCUCAGAUCCAGACGAUGUUGGCUCAUUAUCUGACACAGUCCCCACUGACCGAGGCUCUGGACUUAGGAACCAGACAGUCCCCUCUGACCGAGGCUCUGGACUUAGGAACCAGACAGUCCCCACUGACCCAGGCUCUGGACUUAGGAACCAGACAGUCCCCACUGACCCAGGCUCUGGACUUAGGAACCAGACAGUCCCCACUGACCCAGGCUCUGGACUUAGGAACCAGACAGUCCCCACUGACCGAGGCUCUGGACUUAGGAACCAGACAGUCCCCACUGACCGAGGCUCUGGACUUAGGAACCAGACAGUCCCCACUGACCGAGGCUCUGGACUUAGGAACCAGACAGUCCCCACUGACCGAGGCUCUGGACUUAGGAACCAGACAGUCCCCUCUGACCGAGGCUCUGGACUUAGGAACCAGACAGUCCCCACUGACCCAGGCUCUGGACUUAGGAACCAGACAGUCCCCACUGACCCAGGCUCUGGACUUAGGAACCAGACAGUCCCCACUGACCGAGGCUCUGGACUUAGGAACCAGACAGUCCCCACUGACCGAGGCUCUGGACUUAGGAACCAGACAGUCCCCACUGACCGAGGCUCUGGACUGA